UUUGGGGGUAUAAAACCACACCUUGAUCUGAGUAACAACCAUCCAGCAGAACUAAGCAAGAAGGCUCCCAAAUCAUACUGCAGUCAAAUCCUGCUCCUGUUUCUGGUGGAUCUCUGAACGGGACCAUGGCCUCCGUCUCCGCUCUGUCAUCUAGCCUUCAGGCCUCUUCCGUUAGCACAUUUGCGGGGAAGCAGCUCAGCGCCACUCAAUCCCGGAGCAGCACCGUCAAGCUCACCGCCAAACGCGCUGCAGUCUCUGUGAAGGCCAGCAGCGAAAGCACAUCCGCUGAUGACGUCAGCCGCCGUGAAGUCCUCAAGGCAGCACUCGUUCUCGGCGCUGCUGUGCCCGCUUCUGCCGCUGGAUUCCUCUCCUUCACCCCUGCCAGCUCCGCGGACGAGCUGGUGGCGAAGGAUCUGAGUGGCAAGGUAGUGAUGGUGGACAACUGGCUCGCCACGCACAAGGCUGGCGACAGGACGCUCGUCCAGGGCCUCGAUGACGAGCCGGCGUACCUGGUGGUGAACAGCGACGGCUCGCUCGGCAACUUCGGCAUCAACGCCAUCUGCACGCACAUGGGGUGCGUGGUGCCGUGGGUGGCGGAGGAGAACAAGUUCAUGUGCCCGUGCCAUGGCUCCCAGUACAACAACCAGGGCAUGGUCGUCCAGGGCCCCGCCCCCCUGUCUCUGGCUCUGGAGCACACCAAUGUGGUGGGCGGGAAGGUUGUCUUCUCCACGUGGACUGAGACUGACUUCCGCACCGGCGAGGAGCCCUGGUGGAUGGAGGACUAGACUAUGGCUACAUGGUUACAUAGUUACAUGAUUCUGUCGUUAUUGUCACCCCAUAAUAUGUACAAUGGUUUGGGUUGCCGCACCUCGCCUCAACCUUGCAUGCGUCUUACUAUUGUUUUUACAGAAAAAUCUUAUGGUACAUCAGAGGUCACAUUUGUGCACUACUACAUGCCUUCUCUUAAACGUUUCUUAGUGA